GGUCGGGAUUUGAUCAUGCGUUUGUAUAAAUAACAUAAUUAUGACAAGGCUUCCUUUAAGUUUGUUUAGUUGGUUUUGAUUUUAAUAACAUGUUUGGGUGUUUUCAUCCUAAGCACGUUCAAAGCGCUGCACAGAACAAGGAUGGCUGUAUUCAAAGAGGAUGACAGAGCACUGACAGCUGCAAGAUUACAGAUCAACGAGGAGUACCAGAAAAACAAAAAUGAGACGUCAGAAGAAAACAUUAAGAAGAUGAUGAAAAUGGGCUCAGAUGUGGAAGCUGUUCUUCGAGAGGGCGUGUUACAAAUGGAACAUGUUGGAGAAAAUAAACUCUUGCUUCGACCCAGAGAGAGCCUUCUACUAGAAAAUGUUCCCUAUUCUGACGAACCCAGGAAAAAGUCAAGAUAGUCCAUCGGAUUAAAUCUUCAUAAAAAAAAGAGAUCGCGUACCAUCCGUCUGCAAAACAACAUUUCAAGUUGUUCAGAAUCUCCUGAACAAAGAACAUUUUAAAGAUUAUUGUCUUGUUUUGAUUCACUGGAGAUCUCUGCUGUUGUGCGCUAAGAAAUAUGUGCUAUAAACUGGAUGCCAUACUCUCAUGUCCAGUAUUUUGUUAAAUGUAAUUGUGUUCUGCCUACACUUCAGCAGCUUAUGACUUCAACUGAAUUGGAUGGAAAAUGUUACUUCACUGCUACUAAAAUUGAUUAAAGAAGAGUGUUCCCGAAAUUCAUGACAGUGGUCAACGCUCAGGGCAAAGACCACAACACAUACCCAUUUAAGGUCUCAGAAAAUGCAUGGCAGGGUCUUGCAGAAUCAAUUAUCAUGUUAACAUAUUGUUUUUUUUGUAUUCUCCACUGAGUGGGUAAUGUAUCAAUGAUAAAGUGACAAAUGAGCAAAUGUUGAGAUUUUAUUUAUUUAUACAAAUUUAGAUUUGCACUCCAUGGCCUAACAUCCAUCUGUGUUUAGAGUCAAGCUCAGACAGAGGAAGAUGAUGUACUUGUAAUGGUGGUAGCAGACUGGUGCUACAGUGUCUCACUAUCGCCUCUAGAGGAACAAGUGGUAUUACAAGACUAGACACAGUUAGACUGCUAAUUUCAGUAGAUAUCUCUGCAAUACAAUACAUAGACAUCUUUAAAAUAACAUCAACACUGUUCAAUCUCAAUGCAUGAUGAUAUGACAGGAGGGAAUCACUAGAAUCUCUUUUAAGACAGUGCUGAUCCCAACACUCAAGUGGCAUGCAGUUCAGAAGUCUGGGCAUUUGGCAUUUUUCUUUCAGUGAAACUAAUAGCAAUCAAAAAACUAAUAAUAAAUGUGGUAUUAGCCCUCUCA